GGCAGGUUUUCAUUUCUAGCCAUUCAGCAAUUGGUUUUCGAGAACUCAAAAAUUCUUAAAUUCCUCUAAAGCUAUACUGUGUUUUCUGGCCAGAUAAUACUGACCUCAAGACAAUGAUGUGGUUUACAAGAGGAAACGUAGUAAAUGGCAUUACAGGCUGUAAGCAUAACUAGCGGACUCGACUUUAUUACUUUUGUUUUUUGAUUUGGAAAUCAAUUUGCUCUAGAACAAUAGAUUGCAGAUACUUGUGUAUAUAUAUACAGAGAUACGGUAUGUACCCAGAGCUGUGUACAGUUACUGCCACAAUGGCUCUAGCAUCCUGCGACUAUCAAGGAUACACACAGUAUGACUUCCAACAGGUAAGUGAUCGAUUCCUUUAUGGUUGGGGGUGAUAAAGUUUAUAGGGACACACUGCAUACUAUGCCUUCCCAUAACAUAUUUUAUUUGUAAUUCUGAAUAGCCUUAAGCAAGCCUAGAUUUGCUUUAUGGUGCUACCAUUUUUACUUCCACUGGUAAGGCUAUUCCAUGUAUCUACUACUCUAUGUAAGAGAAGAAUUCAGAAGCAGUUUUAUGCCUCAACAAUCUGCUAAAAAGAGGGCACAGGGGCAAGUGCUGGAUGUGUGAGAUGCACUAUACCAGGGGUAGGCAACCUUUGGUAUUCCAUAUGUUGUGGACUACAUCUCCCAUAAUUCUCUUACAGUAAUUAUGUAGUUUAAAACAUCUAGAGUGCCGAAGGUUGCCUACACAUGCACUAUACCAUAAGAGGCUGUAGAGAUACUGUGUUUUAAAAGCUGGAAGAUGGAGAAUUCAGGUUCAAUUCAGAUAUAGGUCAGAUAUUUUGACCAUGACAAACACAUUUCUCUGGUCCAGUUUCUACAAUUCCCAGUUUAGUGAAUGAACACCCUGUGCGUAUGCUGAUUUGUAUGGUGUUAAAGGGCAUUGUGAUCAGGUUUUGUUCUUUAUUUUUACAGCAGUAUGGACAUCAUGGGGUAUCACAAACAGACCCUGUUGAGACAGCAGUUUUGGAAGACGUACAUUGUCCACCCAUGGCCAACUGUGGACAUCAUGUACAAGAUGAAGACUUUAACUGGGAAAUUGAUUUCCUCAACUCAAACUUCCCUGAAUUUCUGGCGAGUACCAGUGCAACGAUGCCAGUGCCUGUCACUGCAUAUCAGGAACAGCCCACCAUAACCACACGUCCUUCUGAGAGAUUUAAUUACUUCCAUUACCACUAUAGUGAAGAUCUACCCAUAGCAUAUCCAUUUGGAAAAUAUUCAAGCCAAAUGGGCAGUAAUAAUCUGGCUGAACACUCUGUGAUAAUGAGUGACGAAACCAUAUCUCCAAAUCACGAGCAAGCAAGCUGUGGUGCAGACGAUACAAAUAAUCAGAUCCAAGUUUUGAGUUGGCCUUACAAUAAAUUUAGUUUUCCAGGCAUGGCCAGUCAAGCCAAUUUUACUGCAAACCUUGAGCCAGUCUUACAAAGGACAAUGGCCCCACAUGUGUCCAAUCAGACACCAAAAGCUCUCUCAUCACACACAAAAAUAUGUUCAAAACGCUCUGACCUCCUGAAGGGAAAAAUCUCUGCGGUAAAACGUCGGUCAACUAAAGGACCUACUAUUUAUACCUGUGAAUAUGUGAAUUGUAGCCGGGUUUACACAAAGAGUUCACACUUUAAAGCACAUCUACGCUCACACACAGGUAAGUGACAAAUGUUAUUUUUAAAUAGUGUUAUAUUGCAGAAAACCUGAGUGCAUUAUAAAAUCUGUAAUAUCUUAUUACGGUAACCUGGCUCCUGAGCGCCUUAUUACCCUGUAACAUCUUAUUACACUAGCCCGGCUCCCGAGUGCCUUAUUACCCUAUAACAUCUUUUAUCAGUAACCCGGCUCCUGAGUGUCUUAUUACCCCGUAACAUCUUACUACAGUAACCCGGCUCCUGAGCGCCUUAUUACCCCGUAACAUCUUAUUACAGUAACUAGGCUCCUGAGUGCCUUAUUACCCUGUAACAUCUUAUUACAGUAACCCAGCUCCUGAGUGCCUUAUUACCCUAUAACAUCUUUUAUCAGUAACCCGGCUCCUGAGUGCCUUAUUACCCCGUAACAUCUUACUACAGUAACCCGGCUCCUGAGCGCCUUAUUACCCCGUAACAUCUUAUUACAGUAACCCAGCUCCUGAGUGCCUUAUUACCCUAUAACAUCUUAUUACAGUAACCCGGCUCCUGAGUGCCUUAUUACCCUGUAACAUCUUAUUACAGUAACCCGGCUCCUGAGCGCCUUAUUACCCUGUAACAUCUUAUUACAGUAACCCGGCUCCUGAGUGCCUUAUUACCCUGUAACAUCUUAUUACAGUAACCCGGCUCCUGAGUGCCUUAUUACCCUGUAACAUCUUAUUACAGUAACCCGGCUCCUGAGUGCCUUAUUACCCUGUAACAUCUUAUUACAGCAACCCUGCUCCCGAGUGCCUUAUUACCCUGUAAAAUCUUAUUACGGUAACCCGGCGCCUUAUUACCCUGUAACAUCUUAUUAGGGUAACCCGGCUCCUGAGCGCCUUAUUACCCUGUAACAUCUUAUUACAGUAACUCGGCUCCUAAGUGCCUUAUUAUCAUGUUAAAAAUGCAUCUAUUCCAGGUGAGAAGCCAUAUGUAUGUGACUGGCAAGGCUGUGAAUGGAAAUUUUCACGUUCUGAUGAACUCACUCGCCAUUUCAGAAAACACACCGGUCAACGUCCUUUCCAAUGCCACAACUGUCAAAGAACCUUUGCCCGAUCUGACCACCUGGCUCUGCAUUUAAAACGUCAUCAAAGUACGUCAAUGAGUUUGGGAAAAAGUUGGGCAGUUGAUAGUUAUACAAUGCUUUAUGCUUCAUGGUUUCUUCAAAUUUGUUUUGCAGAUCCUUGAUAAUCCAGUUUCCAAAUAAUAAAGUGAACUGUUUUCAAGAAAUGGGUUCAAAACUGUAGUAUACAGUGGAUUUGAAGCCAUGAUGUUGUCUUACCACAACGAGACUGCAGAUUUUAGAAGCCGUAUGGUUCUGUAUACGCAUUCAGUGUGGAAAAGCUAAACAAAAAAAGUUGAAACUAUUUCUGCUCAUAAGGUUGGGUUUCUGGCCACUCCGCUCCUCCAGUUUUGUGACAUGUUUUAAGGAGCUAAUAUGUUGUAUAUAUAUAGUCUAUAUGGGUAUCUGGUACUGGUCAGGCUCUUAUUACCGCAGGAAAACACAGUGAAUUUAGUUUACUGUAGAGACGCACUUUCUGGGUUUGACAUUCCUAAUGGAAGGAAAUGUAGGUUAGGUAUCUUUGACCUGUGAAGCAUUGGGCUAAGGAAUAGGUGGGAAGGAUUACUGUUUUAUAUUCUUUUUUCCUCUCUCUUUAUUUCUUUCUCCUUACCUUUCAGACAGAAGUUCAGCUCAGAGCAAAUCCUGGUAGCGUAGUUAAAUAAUAUUAAUGGAUUUAGUCAAGCUAUGGAUGCUGUACACCAAGUCAUGUGGAUAGUCUGUGUCACCCUGUUAGAUGAUCUGGAACGGCGAAAAAGGGUCGAUCACAAACUCUUACAGAACUAGAAUCCACUGAACUUUUGCAGCUACUUUGUAUUUUGCAUGAUCUUUUCUGGGUUUUUAGUUCUGAGUUUUUAAAAUGUUUGCCAUAUUUCUUAGAAUUAGCUUUUUGUAAAUCCAAUAAGUGGCUUAUAAUAAAAUAAAAGGCAAUUUUUUUUUUUUUUGGCUCAGCUAUUUUGUUUUAAAACUUUGCUUUUGUCUUGGUUUGUUAUUCUAUUGCCACUUCAACGCAAUGCACUAUUUAGGAAAUAAACC